AUGGUCUCUAACGACAUCAAAUCCUUUCAAGAGUAUCUCAAAGGGAGCAAACGGAUAAUGGCCUUGCUGGGAGCCGGUCUCUCCGCUUCCUCUGGCCUCCCCACAUUCCGCGGCGCCGGCGGGCUCUGGCGCUCCUACGAUGCAACAGAGCUAGCAACUCCGGAAGCCUUCGAGGCGAACCCGGACCUGGUUUGGCAAUUUUACAGUUAUAGGCGACAUAUGGCACUGAAGGCCAAACCAAAUAAAGCGCAUUACGCCCUUGCAGAGCUAGCAAGGAGAAAGAGAGAGUUCAUCACGUUGAGUCAAAAUGUUGAUGGUUUGUCGCAACGAGCGAAUCAUCCCCCUGAACAACUUCACCUUCUGCAUGGGAACCUGUUCACGGUCAAAUGUACAUCGUUCUACUGCAAAUAUGUCCGUGAGAACGACUUUACGGACCCGAUUGUCCCCGCACUUGCGAUACCGAAGAACAUCCCUGAACCGCGACCGUUCACAGACGACAAAUCCGGCGAGAAGGCGUCAGAGUCACUAGCCAGCGCUUUGAAACAACAACAAAAACCAGAGAACGAAGAAGAAGCGGAACUAGAUAUCUCCGACGCACGCAUCCCGCUCAACCCCGUGAGCCGCGACGCUCUCCCACGCUGUCCAGAAUGCAAAGAGGGUCUACUGCGACCAGGCGUUGUCUGGUUCGGCGAGUCCCUACCCGUACAAACGCUAGACCUUGUGGACAAUUGGAUGAAUGAGGGAAAGAUCGAUCUGAUGCUUGUCAUUGGAACAAGCUCGAGGGUUUGGCCUGCGGCCGGGUAUGCUGAGCAGGCGAGAGCCAAAGGGGCGAGGGUAGCUGUCGUUAAUAUGGACCCUAAUGACAUGGGUAAGGGAACGUUUACGUCAAAGGAUUGGUUCUUCCAAGGAGAUGCCGGAGUUAUUGUGCCAGAAAUCCUGAAAAGCGUCACUGGGGAAGUCUAG